UCCUCACCUCAUCACACCACUCCCCACUCUCCCAAGGAAGCGAGGCGUACGCGCCUCGCCCCGCCCUCCGGCGAGCCCGCCGCCGACGGAUCGGAUCAGAUCCGGAGCCCGCCUCGCCGAGCCGCCGAUGCCGACGCCGAAGCAGCGGCUCCCGUACUCCGCCGCUGGCGGAGGCGGGGGGAGGCGCGCCGCCUCCUGCGUGCUGCCCCCCGCGGUGGUCCUCGUGUUCCUCUUCGUGAUCGCGCCGUCGCUAUUCUUCGUCGCGCGCAAUGGCGGGCACGUACACGUCGCCUCCGAUCCCGAGGGUUGGAAUGGCGAUCAGGCAGCACAGGCAAUGAAGAACCUGGAACCUAUUUUGUCUAAGGAGGUGAUUGAAGCUAUAGCUGCUAAUCAACAAGAAGCAGGCUCAUUGAGUCUUGAUUUCUUUAGGAAUCAUGCAUCUCUCUCUUGGAAAACUGACGAUCUAGUCAAUGAGAAGAGCAUGGAUGUUGAUGACAAGGCUAAAGCUGAAAACAGUGCUGCAGAACAUGGUUUACCAACAAAUAAAUCACCAAAAGAUGAUCCUGAUGAACAUCAAGUUGACACAGCAGCAAAAAUAGCUCGAAGGAAACUAAGGGAGAAAAGGCGGGAGAAAAGAGCAAUGCAUUUGGUUCGCAAAUAUGAUGAAGCACAUGUUAAGCUAGAGAAUGCAGCUAUUGAGCGAUCAAAGGCCGUUGAUUCUGCUGUGCUUGGGAAAUACAGCAUAUGGAGAAAAGAGAAUGAGAAUGAGAAUUCAGACUCAACAGUUAGGUUGAUGAGGGACCAAAUCAUUAUGGCUCGUGUCUAUUCUGCGCUUGCUAAAUCAAAGAACAAGAAUGAUUUAUAUCAAGAACUGCAGACCCGAAUCAAGGAAAGCCAUUGGGCUGUUGGAGAGGCUACUGCUGAUGCUGACCUGCAUCACAGCGCACCUGAGAAAAUCAGAGCAAUGGGCCAAGUUUUAUCAAAGGCUAGAGAAGAAGUGUAUGAUUGUAAGGCGAUAACUCAGAGACUAAGAGCUACACUUCAGUCAGCAGAUGAACAGGUCAGGAGCUUGAAGAAGCAGAGUACAUUUCUUAGCCAGUUGGCUGCAAAGACAAUACCAAACAGCAUUCACUGCUUGUCUAUGCGUUUAACAAUUGAUUACUACCUUCUCCCUCUGGACAAACGCAAAUUCCCAAGGAGUAAAAAUUUAGAAAAUCCAAAUCUCUACCACUACGCACUUUUCUCAGACAACGUCUUGGCAGCCUCUGUUGUUGUGAAUUCAACCAUCAUGAAUGCCAAGGAGCCAGAGAAACAUGUUUUCCAUCUUGUGACUGAUAAGUUGAACUUUGGAGCCAUGAACAUGUGGUUUCUGGUGAAUGCACCUGGCAAAGCCACCAUCCAUGUUGAGAAUGUGGACGAAUUUAAGUGGUUGAACUCAUCAUACUGUCCUGUGUUGCGGCAACUUGAGUCUGCUGCCAUGAAAGAGUAUUAUUUCAAAGCUGAUCGUCCCACCACUCUUUCAGCAGGUUCAUCAAACCUAAAGUAUCGGAACCCCAAGUACCUCUCUAUGCUGAACCACUUGAGAUUCUAUCUCCCAGAGGUCUAUCCAAAGUUGGAUAAGAUACUUUUCCUCGAUGACGACAUAGUUGUGCAGAAAGAUUUGACAGGCUUGUGGGAUGUUGAUCUUAAUGGAAAGGUCAAUGGCGCUGUGGAGACCUGUGGGGAGAGUUUCCACCGUUUUGACAAGUAUCUUAAUUUUUCAAAUCCACAUAUUGCUCGGAAUUUUGAUCCGAAUGCUUGUGGCUGGGCUUACGGGAUGAACAUCUUUGACCUGAAGGAGUGGGAGAGGAAAGAUAUUACCGGGAUCUAUCACAAAUGGCAAAACUUGAACGAAGACAGAGUUCUUUGGAAGCUCGGGACGCUUCCACCUGGCCUCUUGACCUUCUACAAGUUGACGCAUCCUCUGGACAAGUCGUGGCAUGUUCUUGGAUUAGGAUACAACCCAAGCAUAGACCGUUCAGAGAUAGAUAAUGCUGCUGUUGUUCAUUACAAUGGGAACAUGAAGCCAUGGUUGGAGCUAGCGAUGACAAAGUACCGACCGUAUUGGACAAAGUAUAUCAAGUAUGAUCACCCUUAUAUCCGUGGAUGCGACUUGAGUGAGUAGAUAGACGUAAUGGAAAACUGAUGGAGGGUGACCCAGCUAAAUAGAAGUGUUCCACUGCCAUGUCCUGCGGUACGUUCUUUGAUUCAGCAAAGUAGUGCUACGAGCAAUUAAUUGCAUUCGCCCUGAGAAAUUUGCUGAUGGAUGUUCUAACCAGCGAUGUAUUAUAGCUAGCAGUUUUUUUAAUUCAAUUAAUGUGCAGUUAUGUUUCACCGUCAAAAUUAUCAGGAGAAAGCUGUUAAAAAUGUGUUUCGGGGUUU